UCACUCUAAGAUGCCCGCACGUCGUCGGCGCACUGCUUACUAGUUAUACCAAGGAUAAUGAGAAAGGAUUCCACUUUUGUAUAUAUUUUUCAGAAAGCCGAACAGUGCAAGUGAUAUAUGAAGAGGUACUGUAGUCCUGUUCUCUAGAUUUUAUACUACUGUUAACAGCGGCACUCCUUCAUCUGGGAAGAGGCGAGAUAAAACAAGAUGGACGUCCGGUACAGGGAAAAGCUACAACAGAAUGCAGACGUCAUCAUCGACGAGAUCGAUGCGGAGCACGUGUGUCUAUACCUCAACGGAACGGUCCUCACGUCCUUCGAAGUCGAUAAGAUCUACGCUGUCAAGUCCCGCCAGGAGCGCGCACGGCGACUUCUCAACCUGAUCAUGACCAAAGACACCCUGGCGUAUCAACACUUCCGGUACGCGCUCCGCGAGCGAUACUCGGAUAUCGUACGCAAGUUGGACAAUACGGCCGUCUGCACUAAUUCGGAAAAUGAGAAUGGAGAGUUUGAACAGAAGCGCGUCUUGAAGCGGCGUGACUCACUCGUCCUCAACAUACAGACUGAAGAACUUGUGGAUUACAUGAAGCAAGAGGGCGCGCUAACCAAUGAUGAUUGUAACAGGAUAAGGGCUGGUGCGAGCAAGGAGGACAAAGCGAGGAUUAUGGUGGACUCACUCUCGGACAAGGGACCUCAGGCCUACAAGACUUUGUCACUAGCCAUCAGGGCCAGACAACCAAAACUCGCUAAAAUAUUUGAGAAAACAGACUGAGGCAUUUGAAGUUAGGCCUAUUUUAAACAAAAAAGAGUUGUUAAACAAAAAGUUGGUAUAUUGAUCCUCAUAUACUCGACAAAACCUACUCAUGUGGACAAAAUAUGACUGCUGAAAUAUAUUCAUUUACUCCAAAAUAUGCUGGGCGACAAAAUAUGUAUUAGCAUAUUGCGCUCCUGUUAUCAUUGGUGUAUAUGGACGAAUACUAUAUGCGCUAUACAUGUAUAGCCGUAUUGGGAAGAAAUUUCGAAUUCUAGAGAAAAACGUUUUAAAAUAAACUCAGUCUAUGUUGAAAA